AUGGCCGCGAUAGCAGCUGCAGAGGCUUUGGCUCCAGGGAAGCGCUUGAAGCCAGCAGCGCAGGGAAAGGGUGUGAAGCGCGGUUGCAUGGCCACCUUCACUGUCAGGAUCUUGGCAGCCAACCCACAGGUUGCUGAGAUCCGGUACUACUGCGUCGAUCAUGUCAACCAUGGCGACGCAGCAGAGGGGCCUGGAAGGCAUCACACCAACAACCACAUCUCAGCUGGCCUACGGCAGCUUGUGCAGACGCAGCUUAGGCUGCAGGUGCCAGCGUCGCGUAUUGUUCAACAGAACAAAGACGAGAUUCUGCAGAGGUACAUGGUCGAUGAGGGCAUCCCAGCCAGUGACAAGGAAGCAGCUCUCGAGAGGUUGUUGGCGAGCCUCCCACCGCGUGACUAUUUCCUGAACGUGGGGGACGUCAACAACAUUGCUGCCACCUUGCAAACAGCAUGGAAGCGCCACCCAGAUCAGCAGAAAAGUGUGGAGCUCUACGUUCAGCACAUGGGCGCAGACGUCUUGCUACACCAGAGGCAAGCGCCGCUGCCAGGAACACCUGAUGCUGCUCACUUCGCCGCAAUGGCGGCAUCUCGGCCGCCCGGCGCAGCACCGCAGCCAAGCGUGGCGCCCCAGCCCGGCCCGGCGCCGCAGCCGAGCGUUGCGCCCCGGGCCGGCACGGCACCGCAGCCGAGCGUGGCGCACCGGGCCGGCCCCGCAACGCAGCUGACAGGCCCGGCGCCGCAGCCGCCCGGCCCCGCACCGCAGCCGACAGUCCCGGCGCCGCAGCCGCCCGGCACGGCACCGCAGCCGAGCGUGGCGUCCCGGGCCGGCCCGGCGCCGCAGCCGAGCGUGGUGUGUGAUGCGGACCCAACAGACAACAGCUUGAAGCGCAAGCGCGAUAUCCUUGACCCCAAAAGGACAGCCCAGCAGUCCUAUCGCUCAGUGAAGAGACCACAGGCGCAGCGAGCAGAAGCAGGCGAUGCCCCCUCAUUCUUGAGGCCACAGCCAGGAAGGCAAAAGACAUCUGUAAAUGCUGAACUGUCGAGCGCAGCGGAGGCGGAGGUGGUUGAAAAACGCAGGGCUGCCGAGACAGCAGCACAACACGCCUCAGCUGCCAGCCCAGGACGUGUUGCACAACCUGUGGCAGCCACUGCCGCUGAAAAUGCGCCGUGCGUCCACCCACUGGCCUCCGCCGCUGCGGGCAACCCGGCCAACCAGAUUCCACCAGCACUGUCUUCCCAGCGUGCUACAAGAGAACGGCGGCCACCCACUUCCCACCGGGACUAUGCAUCAUAG